AUGGCGUCCGAGAUUCCGUACGAUGAAAUAAGGGAGCUCCAGAUCUCCCUGAGGAAAGAGGCGGGUCUCUCUUCUUACAACCUAGAAGAAAACGAUUGGCUUCCCGAUUUGGCCUCUCUUAAUGACUCCUCAAUUUCCGACAUUGACCCCUCUCCUCCCUACCUCCGAUGCAAGAACUGCAAAGGCAGGCUUCUCCGAGGUGUAAAUUCAAUAAUUUGUGUCUUCUGUGGAAGACUGCACAACCAGGAUAUCCCUCCUGACCCAAUCAAGUUCAUGUCUACUAUCGGUUCCCGUUGGUUUCUCCAAUCUCUUCUCUUAGAUGGAUCGGAGCUUGUGGGGACGAUUAGCGAAACAAAGGAAUUAAACAGAGGACAGAACACUUCUCAAAAUGAGUUUCCCUUGUCUGAUCUCUUAGAUUUGGAAAUAAGAUGGCCUUCAGAGUCGGAGAGAUCAGAAACUAGAGUUUCAGACAAGACUCCUGCUCAAAAUUUGAGUACUUUGAAUUUGGUUGGAUUUGAUCUUAACAACUUUUUUGCUGAACCUAAGGUAGACUCUAUCCCUGCUUCAUCUCAAGUUCAGCUCCCGCCGAACGAACAAAAGGAUGGUAUGGGAAAUAAUGCAGUUCAAGGUCAUGGAAAUCUUAGCUUGUUUGAGAAUGUUCAGCCUUCUGAGACAAUUGGAGGGUCCAAUCAAGAUGAAAGUGGUGACCGGUCUUCUGGUUGGGAUGCUGAGUUUCAAUCUGCUACUUCUGGAACCUAUCAUCUGGAAUCCAAAUCAUCGGAUCCUUUUGUGGGUUCUUCCUCAGUUGAUCUUUCUGCCCAUAUGGACUCUGUCUUUGGUCCUGUUAAGGACUUAUAUGAAGGAAAAACAAAAGACGAAACAACUUCUGCGUCCAGCACUUCUAAGGAUGAUAUAUGGAAUAUUUCUGGCACUGUAGCCGGCCAGGAUGAACUGUUUAAACUGAACAAAAAUGAUGAGGAUGGCAAUCAGUGGCAAACCACCACCACCACCAGCAAGGAUGAGAAUAAAACCGUUGACGUAGAUGAAGAUUCAUUUGACGCAUGGAAUGAUUUUACUGGAUCAACUAGUGUACCAGUGCCUUCAAAAAAUUCUUUGAAACAAGAUGCUAAUCACUUGUCGUCAUCUGUGGAUCAGGCAUCAGGAAUAAACUUGUUUGUCGGAAGUAGUAUUUCACAGGAUGUUGAUUUUGGUAGCUUUUCCCAGCCUGAUUUCUUUCCAGGAACAUUUAGCAAUCAGAAUGGGUCUUCAGAAGUGAAUAUCAUGCAGACAGAAACUUCUGUUUCAGAUAGGAAAAUAAUUGUGGAGAAAAACUUGGAUAGGAGUGGGCAAACUUUUGAUAAGAGGUGUUUGCUUAGACAGUUGGGUUCAAGGAUUGAUAGUGUAAAUCAAGAUGGUGAGAGUGCUGAAGAAGUUAAGAAAGGUGAAAAUACGAGGUCCAAGGAUGAUGAUGUAGAGAUGCUCAUGUCGCAGAUGCACGAUCUCUCAUUUAUGCUGGAAAGUAAUCUAUCAGUGCCACAAAAGACACAAGCAUUUAGUUCAUUUUCUAAAGAUUAA